AACAAUCCAACAUCCUUUCCUUUUCUUCUUUAAAACCCCAUAAUGACUGAUGCUUACGUACAUGACGUAAACACAAAUACUUGCACAAAUACUUGCAUUCAAGAAUUGUGCUUAGAUAAUGCAAAACUUUUAGUCUUUUCCUCGGGAAAUUCUAUAAAUAAUCAAAAAGUAUAAUAAUGGUGUGAAGUUUUUUUACAUGUUUAGAAAUUUAGUAUAAUUGUGAAUGUUUUCAUGGGAGAUACCAAAAAUAUGCUUUGUAAAUUGUUAUAAAAUUACAAUCAUAAAAAUGAGUGAAGUUCAAAAGCAAAUCACACGGAAUUUGCAGCGUACCUUAGAAGAUGCUCAUAUUAGUGGAGAACUCAAACUUGGUAGUCGAAAACUUAAAGAGUUUCCAAAAAAUAACUGCUCUUCAACUAAAUUAAAUUUGCAAGAUUUAGUUUUUGCAGACUUGUCGAAAAAUCGCCUAAUAGAACUUCCAGAAGAAAUCACUGAAUUUGUUUUUCUCGAAAAAUUAUAUUUAAAUCAAAAUGCUAUUAAGUGUAUUCCUGAAACAGUUUUAUCUCUUCAGUCAUUAAGUUACCUGGACAUAAGUCGGAAUCAAUUGCUAACUUUGCCAAAAGAAAUAUGUCACCUUCCUUUGCAAACUCUGAUAGUAUCUUACAACAGGCUAUCAUCACUACCUGAAGAUUUGAAUUUGAUUACAACCUUAGCAGAACUUGAUGCUGGCCAUAAUGAAUUGCGUAAUUUACCGUAUCGCAUAGGAGAUAUCUCUACCCUUAAAUAUUUGGAUUUGCGUAAAAAUUAUUUAGUUAAUUUACCAAUAGAAUUAAUGUCUCUCAAACUCUGGAAGUUAGACAUAAGUGGGAAUCGUAUAUCUGUUUUACCAAAUGAACUAAGAAAAAUGACGUCUUUAGUUAGCUUCAAAGUGCACGAUAAUCCAUUAACUUCUCCUCCUGCAGCGUUAUGUGUACGUGGCCAAAUACAUAUAUUUAAGUACUUGGAACGUCAAGCUGAAAAGUAUGAACGCCUCAAAAGCGUCAAGGGUCGCAAUAAUGAUUUUACAGAGACUCGACACCAAAAUGAUUCUCAGUCUUUGCUUCAUUGGCCACACAUUGAUUGUGAAAAUGUUGGAAAAACUUAUCCAGAAGAGGAUAAUAGUACGAUGCGCUUCGUACAAAAUAUUCCACAUAAAAAACAACUGGAACGCAGCAGAUCGGAAAAUGGGGAAAAAUUUGAAAACCCUCAUUGUAGUAGUGAUCAUACAUCAUUUCAUGUACAAAGUUUCAGUUAUCCGAAUCAAAAUGUACUUGCGGAUUCUUGUGAUGGAGUCAAAGGUGUGGGAUCGAAGUCUCCAUUUCAUGCAGCCAAUUCACUAUCGUCGAUAGAUACAAAUGAUAAAAAAGGGUCAACUCACAUCCAAACUUAUCGAGAAUACAAAGAGGCUUUAAGACUUCAAAGAGUGAGUGAAGCUUCUAAUAUAUACAGAUCAAGAGAUUUAUCAUCAGUAUCAUCGCAAUUGCAUCCAUGUGAUAAUAUUGAUGGAGAAAAUGAUUUCACGAAGAAGAUAUAUAAGAAACCUAAAUCACCAUCUCCAUCCUGUCAUACUUUUUCUGAAAAUGAUUCAUCCGAAAGUCAUGACAGACUAGAUGAAACAUCGAAAAAAUUGAAUGUAGAUAACUUGAAAAAAUCAUCUUUUACAAUAAAGAGGGAACAUGAACGAGCUAAAGAGGAAGCUGAAUUAAUUGAAAAAUUACGACACGACAUAGAAAGUAGAUUAAAAAUCAAUCUCUCAGAAGAUCUUGCCUCAGCUCUAAUGGAUGGUGUUAUUCUUUGUCAUCUUGCCAAUUUUAUAAAGCCGAGGUCAAUCGCAAGUAUACAUGUACCAUCUGCAGCCGUUCCCAAACUGUCCAUGGCAAGGUGUAGAAGAAACGUCGAUAACUUUUUGGAUGCCUGCAGAAAAAAUGGGGUAAAUGAGGAGUUAAUGAUGGAUACUGACGCUAUUAUGGACAUUGGUUACAUGAAUAAUUCUGGUCUUGAAGCUUUAGCACUUCUAAUCUCAAAUCUUGUUAUAACCUCAGAUGUACCAAUCAAUCAGGAAAGAAUAUGUGCAACUAUUCAAGAAUCAUUUUUGUCUACAGUUUUAUUAUUAGGUUUUAUAAUUUCACUUAUUUUAUUAUACUUUUUUCCUGUACCUGCAUAGCUUUUAUAUAUAAUUACCUUCAACUGCAAUGAUUAGUUACUUAGACAAAAUAAUAAUGUUUAUAGAUGUAAUAUUUUAUUUUUUUGAUAAGUGAAAGCGUUUUUGAAUUUCUAUGAAAGUUGAAAUAGAAAUUAAGAAAAUGUUCUCUAGUUGUACACAGAAAAUGGACCACAUACAAGUAAUAUUCACAUAAAAAAUGUAAUAAAAUUGUUCACUAUUUUCAUAUUUUCA